UGCUUUUGUUAGCUCCGUUUUUUUCUAGUUCCUCAAGGUGUAAAAGUUAGGUUGUUGAUUUGAGAUCUUCUUUUUAAAAAUGUUUCCAGCUAUAGUUUCCCUCUGAGCACUGUUUUCACUGUACCCCAUACAUUUUGAUAUAUUGUGUUUUUAUUUUCACACAUCUCAAAGUAUUUUAUAAUUUCUCUCUUGAAUCUUUCUUUGACCCAUUGGUUCUUUAAGAGUGUGUUGUUUAAUUUCCACAUUUUGUGAAUUUUCCAGUUUUCCUCCUGUUAUUGAUUUUUAGCUUUAUUUCAUUGUGGUUGGAGACGAUCCUUUGUGUGAUUUUAAUCUUUUUAAAUGUACAAGACUUGCUUUGUGGCCUAACAUAUGAUCUAUCCUGGAGAAUGUUUUAUGUGAGCUUAAGAAGAUUGGGUAUUCUGCUGUUUGGGGAUAAAGUAUUCUGUAUGUCUGUUAGACCUAGUUAAUUUAGUAUUGUUCAAGUCGUCUAUUUCCUUAGUGAACUUCUGUCUAGAUGGUCUAUUCAUUAUUGGAGUAUUGGAAUCUCCAACUGUUAUCGUAGAACUGUCUAUUUCCCCUUCAAUUAUGUCAAUAUUUGAUUUAAAAUAUUUGUCUAAUAAGUCCAGUGUCUGGGCUUCCUUGGUGAUGGUUUCUAUAAACUUCUUUUUUCCUGUGAAUGAACAAUACUUUAUUCUUUUUAUACCUUGCGAUUUUUUGUUUAAAACUGGACAUUUUGAAUAUUAUGAUGUGUCAAUCUGGGAGUCAGAUCCCCCUCCCAAGUUUUGCUGUUGUUGAUUAUUGAAGUCUGUAGUCAUCAUUUGUUUACUGACUUUUCCAAACUAUUUUUGCUAAGACUGUAUGCUUGUGUUUGGUCCUUAAAUCUCUGUUCCAGUAUCUCAGCAGUCAGUCACCUGACAGAGAUUUCCUUAAAUGCCUGGAGUGAAAAAAUGAACAAAAACAAACAGACAAAAAACCCACUUCUCUUGGUCUUUGCAGACACUGACCUGGGGCACCACUUCAAUGCUAAGCCAAUCUCCCUAAAACUCUGCCUUGGCCUUCACCUCCUGGCUGCCUGGAACCCAAAGUUCAGCCAAAGGUGCAAGCCUAGGGUCCUCUCAGGUCUUUUCUGAACUCUCAUCUGUCUCUGGGCAUAUACUUUACAUGCUGGGUUUCCCCAUACACAUGGUAGCCCUUCAGAGUUCUUAUUUCCCCAUGUAUCUUCCUCCUCAGACUCCUCCUUUCCAGACUUUUAGAUCCGUCUGAUGCUUGUUCCAUUCGCUGUUUCUUUCUCUGUGCAGCCACUGGUAGUAUAUGUCUUUAAAUGCUUUCAGUGGAUGCUUUGAAAGCUGCUCCAGCUUGAGGGGGGCAAAACAAGGUCAGCCUCAGCACAGAUUCCUCGGGAAACCGCUAGACAGGGCAAGAUUCACAGCUACAAUCUUUUGAGAACAAGGUGCAUAUUAUCUUCCCCUGGCACCCGCAAGCCACACCAGGAAUAUGGGCUGCUGUCCCAAUGGCCACCUCCAAGCUGCGGAAUGGGGGAUGUUAGAUGGCUCAGGAGAAGAAGAGAGAAAGCCCAAUCGUUUUGGAGUUGGGAAGAGGCUAGAACAUGGCUUCUGAUUCUGUGACCUUGAGCUUCAUAGAGGAACUGAAAGACUCCUCUAUAAAAAGGUGGAGUGGUUCUAAAUUUCUGGCAGCCAGUGGGAACAGAGGAGCAGCGGAUUCAGCCCAAAGAGGCUCAAGGCUGAGCCAUGGGAGGGGCCAGCGAAGGGGGCGGGAACUGAACCCCGGAGGACUUGACCACAGUGUGCAGUGUGCGGCGCCGGCUGCUCAGAGCGGAGCCAUGAGCUGGACCUGCCCACGUUGCCAGCAACCCGUUUUCUUUGCAGAGAAGGUGAGCUCCCUGGGCAAGAACUGGCACCCAUUCUGUCUGAAAUGUGAGCACUGCCACAGCGUCCUGUCCCCAGGAGGGCAUGCAGAGCACAACGGAAGGCCGUAUUGCCACAAGCCAUGCUAUGGGGCUCUCUUUGGACCCAGGGGGGUGAACAUUGGUGGUGUGGGCUCCUACCUCUACAAUUCCCCCACCCCCACCCCUGCCAGUGCUACUCCUCUUAGCCCCAGCAGCUUCAGCCCCCCCAGGCCCAGGACUGGCCUCCCACAGGGCAAGAAAAGCCCUCCCCACACGAAGACGUUCACUGGGGAGACCUCGCUGUGCCCUGGCUGUAAGGAACCCGUCUAUUUCGCUGAGAAGGUGAUGUCUUUGGGCAGAAAUUGGCACCGACCCUGUCUGAGGUGCCAGCGGUGCCGGAAGACCCUGACUGCUGGGAGUCACGCUGAGCAUGACGGCGUCCCCUACUGCCACAUCCCCUGCUAUGGCUACCUGUUUGGCCCCAAAGGUGUGAACAUUGGUGAUGUGGGCUGCUACAUCUAUGACCCCGUGGAGAUCAAAUGAGAUGCUCAUAGCAGAGGUCACCCUAACUCAGGCCUCCCAUCAUCCUCUCCAUGGUCCAAUGGAAGCUACAGAAUUCUCUAGUCCCAUGAGGGUGGGAGAAGGUGUGAUUCUGGCGGCCUGGGCCUAGGCUCCAUGGUAGACCAGAGUCUACACUUUCUCUGCCAACUUCUUCCUUUCCCAUUCCUAUCUGGUCAGGGGACAUAGGCCACCCCAUUUGAAGGUUAGUGUCUUGGUCUUCCCAAUCCCUUGACCCAGCAAAUUCUGUAACUUCAAGGUACUCAUAAAACUUGUGUUUAUUUUGGCUUCUCCAAUAAAAUGUUGGCUCCCA